AUGGGGUCCCAGUCAUCCAAGGGAGAUGUGGCCACGGAGGCAAACGCUGCUGCCGCUGAUGCUGCGGCUGUCAAAACCAAUGGACAGGAGAAUGGACAUGUGAAAUCUAAUGGGGAUGUCUCCAAAACCGAAGGAGAUGCUGCUGCCACCAAUGGUUCUGCAGAUGCAGCCAAGGAACCCGAGGCUGGUGCAGAGGGCGAUGCCAUCGAGCCUGCACCUGCUGCAGAUGGAGAGGCUGCCAAAGCUGAGGGCGAUGCUGCUACUAAAGAGACCCCCAAGAAGAAGAAGAAGAAGUUCUCCCUGAAGAAGUCCUUCAACUUCAAGCUGAACCUGAAGAAGAGCAAGAAGAGCGAUGCAGCGGUGAAGGAGGAGGCUGCUGCUGCCCCUGAGGAGAAGAAGGAGGAGGCAGCUGCAGAAGAGAAGAAAGAGGAGGCCAAGGAAGAGGCUGCUGCACCUCCUGCUGCUGCUGCUGCUGCAGCUGAGGCUCCUAAAGCCGAGGAGACUCCUAAAGAGGAGGCCCCUAAAGAAGAGCCCAAAGAGGAAGCGGCUCCCGCCGCAGAGCCCACAAAACCCACAGAGGAGAGCAGCUCGACCCCCGCUCCCUCUGAAAAGAAGGAGUGA